CUUGUAUUAAUUAUUAAGUGAAACUGUAUAUACUGCAUAAAUAAUCCAUACCCGUGGCUUUCUCUUUGAUCUUAAUUAUUACAUUUAGCAUCGUCACUCCUGUUCGACGCAUCACCCUACCACCGCUUCGCAGUUGCACUGCUUAGUACAACAACGAAUCAACCGCAAAUCAUGGACAGCAGGAGCUUUUCCUCACGCUUGCGCGAGCUUGUCAAGUUCCUCAGCACCGUCAAAGGCGACCUCGCCAACGUGACCGGACCCCCAUCGCUCCUGGCGCCGCUCUCGGUUGUCGAAGUAGGCCGCUUCUGGGCCGAGCGGCCAUCCGUCCUCGCCGCGCCCGCUCGGGAGCCCAAGCCCGAGAAGCGGGCGCUGCUGGUGCUCCGCUGGUUCCUCAUUGCCCUGCGCGGCCAGCUCUACGUCGGCGUCGACCUUAAUAACAACCACAACCAUGACCACAACCACAACCACAACCAGAACAACAACAACAACGGCAAGAAGACUCCGACGAGCAGCACGUCCAUCCGUAAGCCGCUCAAUGCCUUCCUGGGCGAGCUCUUCCUUGCGAGCUGGACCGACGAGACCAAGGGGACGACCACGACGACGACGCGGCUGGUGGCCGAGCAGGUGUCGCACCACCCGCCCAUCACGGCCAUGCACGUAUCGUGCGACGACGACAGCGAGGGGGGCGGCGAGGGGCUGGUGCGCGCGGACGGGUACGCGCGGGUCGAGAUGGUGUUUGGCGGGGUCAGCGCGGGCCUGCAGAUCCGGCAGGUCGGGCACGCGACGGUGCGGGUCGACCGGUACGGCGAGGACUACCUGAUCCCGCUGCCCGACGUGCGCGUGCGCGGCUUCCUGGCCGGCUGCCUGUACCCCGAGAUCGCGGGCGUCUACCACAUCGUCGGCAGCAACGGCUUCCGCGUCGAGAUGAAGUUCUGGGGCGAGGGCUUCAUCCGCGGCAAGAGGAACUCGUUCGAGGCGAGGGUGUACCGCGACGAGGAGGAGGAGGAAGAGGAGGAGGAGGAAGAAGAAGGGGAGGAUGAGGACGAGAGCCAGAACAAGGAGAACAACAACAACAAGAAGAAGAACAAGGAAAAGAAGAGGAUCCGGGUGGUCUACUACGAGGUGGCCGGGUGCUGGAGCGAGGGGUGGACGGUCAAGGACGGGCGGACGGGCGAGCUGGUCGAGGUGUACCGGGUGGACGGGCCCGAGAACGGGCCGGCGCGGAUGGAGAUGGAGCCGGUCGAGAAGCAGGACCCGUGGGAGUCGCGGCGGGCCUGGGCGGGCGUGCUGCGCGGGCUCGCGGCGGGCGACAUGAGGUCGGUGGUGGCCGAGAAGACCAAGAUCGAGCAGGCGCAGCGGCAGAUGCGCGCGACCGAGGCGGCCAGGGGCCUCGUUUGGGAACCGCUCUUCUUCAACUCAUACCCGUCCGACGACCACCCCGUCUUCCACCGCCUGUCACAGGGUCUGGGCUGGCAGCUGCAUGCCGACAAGACCAAGGGUGUCUGGAAGUUGGACGAUGGCCGGCUCAAGAGGAUACAGCGUCCAUUCCGGGGCGAUAUCACCCCGUUCGGAUACUGAUCAUGCCUCCGCUCGUCCAU